GGUUCUUUACGGCCCGAUUGCCACGCAGGUCUCGCGAGAGCGCAGGCGCAAGUGUCGCGAUAAAUGGGCGCGGGCGGAGCGGAGGGAGAUCCGAGCAGCUGCGGCGGCAAGCUGGCUGCGGGCGGCUGAGGAGCUGGGAUACACUCUUCCUCUCCUCUCCUCAACAGCAACGCUCCAAGCUCGCCCGCCUUUGGUCUCCAGGACUUGUCCCAGCAGCCCCUCGAACUGAGAAUUACACCAUCGGCCCCCCUGGCUCUGAGGCCUUCAGACUUGGACUGUGUCACACUGCCAGGCUUCCAGGGCUCCAACUUGCAGACGGCCUGUUGUGGGACAGUCUCUGUAAUCGCGAAAGCAACCAUGGAAGACCUGGGGGAAAACACCACGGUUUUAUCCACCCUGAGAUCUUUGAACAACUUCAUCUCUCAGCGUGUGGAGGGAGGAUCUGGACUGGAUAUUUCUACCUCGGCCCCAGGUUCUCUGCAGAUGCAGUACCAGCAGAGCAUGCAGCUGGAGGAAAGAGCAGAGCAGAUCCGUUCGAAGUCCCACCUCAUCCAGGUGGAGCGGGAGAAGAUGCAGAUGGAGCUGAGUCACAAGAGGGCUCGAGUGGAGCUGGAGAGAGCAGCCAGCACCAGUGCCAGGAACUACGAGACACAGCUGCACGGGACCCCAGGAACAGUCAGAACCAGUAGUUUCCCAAUUGUUCCUUGGAGUUCCACCUGGAAAUACCUAUUGGGGGCGAGACUUAAGUGUCUGAAGUCCAAAGACCUGCUGGCUGCCCUGUCUGCGCUGGGACUGGCAGUUCCAGGCCCGGUACCGCAUCUGGCUGUGAUGCUGCUGAGCGGAGCCCCGUGCCAACCCCAGCUCUUGUCCUGCAUCACAGAAGGGUCUCUUGGUUGUUGUGAGGCAGCCCUUGCAGCUCACAAGGGCUGGAGUCCCUCCGAGGUGUGCGGGUCAGCCUCUCUCAGAAGGCGGCCACCUCUGUCACAGCUCUCCUGGGUUUUGGGCUGGAGUACCCUGGAUGAGGACAGCACAAGCUCGUACUCCACCCGGGGCUCCGGGAGUGCUUGGUGCUUCCCGAGGAAGGCAGGGUGAGAGGGUCCCGGAGUGCCGGGCUCCACCAGGACUCACCGCCUUCACCUCCUGGGACGCCGGUACCUGGCAGUGAACUCUGGAGGGCCUGCGGGUCAUUAGAGUCAGGAGGUCUGAGCGUGGUGCUUGGUCAUGUCCCAUCCCAACCAGUGAGAGCCACUCGGCCUCCCUAAGGCCAGUCGUGGGGGGUGGCUCUGGAGGUUUGUGGUUUGUGUGAGAGGGGGUGCAUGUGUGGCAGAUUUGAGCCCAGUGUAAACUGCUUCUGCCCACAGCCUCCUGUCCACGCCGCCUGUCUCUGCCCCUGUUGUCUGCUCGCUGGGGGAGUGCCAGCUCCUUUCAGUGCCGGACAGAGCGUAAUUAGACAGGAUUUGCUGGUGCUAUGAAAGCUCAGCUUCUCCCCAAGGUCAAUGCUGAAUUUUAGAUUUCCCAUGCCCCCUCUCCCUGCAGAGGCAACUGCUGAGCAGACGGUGUGAUAAAUGUGUGUGUGAUCUGUGCCAAGUGCCCUUCCUGGGAGCCCUGACCUCGCACAGUGCUCACCGUCGUGGUGCCACAGCGGGGGUGCCAACGCUGGGGCUGGGUCCCAGGUCCCGUCCUGGUUCUGCCUCUGACUUGGCUCAUGGGUCCUGCUCGGCUCUUUUUUGUGCCUCGGCAUGUUCUGAGAGAGGUGUGGGGGUGAGGGCUCCCCGCUGACCCUCCCGUGGGCGGCACGUGGCAUCUGACUCUUGCUCUUAACAGCGUGAGGUGGACCGCAACCAGGAGCUCCUGACGCGCAUCCGGCAGCUUCAGGAGCGGGAGGCCGGGGCGGAGGAGAAGAUGCAGGAGCAGCUGGAGCGCAACAGGCAGUGUCAGCAGAACUUGGAUGCUGCCAGCAAGAGGCUGCGUGAGAAAGAGGACAGUCUGGCCCAGGCUGGCGAGACCAUCAACUCACUGAAGGGGAGGAUCUCGGAACUGCAGUGGAGCGUGAUGGACCAGGAGAUGCGGGUGAAGCGCCUGGAGUCGGAGAAGCAGGAGCUGCAGGAGCAGCUGGACCUGCAACACAAAAAAUGCCAGGAAGCCAAUCAGAAAAUCCAGGAACUCCAGGCCAGCCAAGAAGCAAGAGCAGACCACGAGCAGCAGAUUAAGGAUCUGGAGCAGAAGCUGUGCCUGCAAGAGCAGGAUGCAGCGAUUGUGAAGAACAUGAAGUCUGAGCUGGUACAGCUCCCUAGGCUGGAACGGGAGCUGAAGCAGCUGCGGGAGGAGAGCGCGCACCUGCGGGAGAUGAGAGAGACCAACGGGCUGCUCCAGGAAGAGCUGGAAGGGCUGCAGAGGAAGCUGGGGCGCCAGGAGAAGAUGCAGGAGACGCUGGUUGGCUUGGAGCUGGAGAACGAGAGGCUGCUGGCCAAGCUGCAAAGCUGGGAGAGACUGGACCAGACCAUGGGCCUGAGCAUCAGGACUCCAGAAGACCUUUCCAGAUUCGUGGUUGAGCUGCAGCAGAGGGAGCUUGCCUUGAAGGACAAGAACAGCGCCGUCACCAGCAGCGCCCGGGGGCUGGAGAAGGCCAGGCAGCAGCUGCAGGAGGAGCUCCGGCAGGUCAGCGGCCAGCUGUUGGAGGAGAGGAAGAAGCGCGAGACCCACGAGGCGCUGGCCCGGAGGCUCCAGAAACGGGUCCUGCUGCUCACCAAGGAGCGGGACGGUAUGCGGGCCAUCCUGGGGUCCUACGACAGCGAGCUGACCCCGGCCGAGUACUCGCCCCAGCUGACACGGCGCAUGCGGGAGGCUGAGGAUAUGGUGCAGAAGGUGCACAGCCACAGCGCCGAGAUGGAGGCUCAGCUGUCGCAGGCCCUGGAGGAGCUGGGAGGCCAGAAACAAAGAGCAGACAUGCUGGAGAUGGAGCUGAAGAUGCUAAAGUCUCAGUCCAGCUCUGCCGAACAGAGCUUCCUGUUCUCCAGGGAGGAGGUGGACACGCUCAGGUUGAAGGUCGAGGAGCUGGAGGGCGAGCGGAGUCGGCUGGAGGAGGAAAAGAGGAUGCUGGAGGCACAGCUGGAGCGGCGAGCUCUGCAGGGUGACUAUGACCAGAGCAGGACCAAAGUGCUGCACAUGAGCCUGAACCCCACCAGUGUGGCCAGGCAGCGCCUGCGCGAGGACCACAGCCAGCUGCAGGCGGAGUGCGAGCGACUGCGCGGGCUCCUGCGCGCCAUGGAGAGAGGAGGCACUGUCCCAGCCGACCUUGAGGCUGCCGCCGCGAGUCUGCCAUCGUCCAAGGAGGUGGCAGAGCUGAAGAAGCAGGUGGAGAGUGCCGAGCUGAAGAACCAGCGGCUCAAGGAGGUUUUCCAGACCAAGAUCCAGGAGUUCCGCAAGGCCUGCUACACGCUCACCGGCUACCAGAUCGACAUCACCACGGAGAACCAGUACCGGCUGACCUCGCUGUACGCCGAGCACCCAGGCGACUGCCUCAUCUUCAAGGCCACCAGCCCCUCGGGUUCCAAGAUGCAGCUACUGGAGACAGAGUUCUCACACACCGUGGGCGAGCUCAUCGAGGUGCACCUGCGGCGCCAGGACAGCAUCCCUGCCUUCCUCAGCUCGCUCACCCUCGAGCUCUUCAGCCGCCAGACCGUGGCGUAGCCUGCAGCCUCGGGGGCAUAGCCGGAGCCACUCUGCUUGGCCUGACCUGCAAGUCCCCUGCCCCGCCAGCCACAGGCUGGGUGCACGUCCUGUCUCUCCAGCCCCACAGGGCAGUGGCACGACUGACAGACACGCUGGGACCUACGUCAGGCUUCCUGCUGGGGUGGCCAGCACCCUCCCCACGUGCAGACCCCAUGCGUCCCGGAGCCUGGUGUGUGGGCGUCGGCCACCAGCCCGGGUUCCUCACCUUGUGAAAUAAAAUCUUCUCCCCUAGACA